CAACAGUCACGCAGCAACGGCAUUUUAAUCAUAUUGCCGAACGCUAAAUUAAAGGGUGUUCGAUGCGUAUCACCUGUUGGACUCCGCCCCACAUUUCUCAACGUUCGAUCGAAUUUCUCUACUUUUUCUUUUUUUCUCUGUUCCCCUCAUAUUGUCCUCCCAUGUCCUACCUCUUUUCUAGUGUUCCCGUGCCGUGUCCCAAGUGGAAGAUCUCAUAGGCCGCGUCGAAUUAUAUUGAGGACAAUAUUCAUGUAUGUCCUGUGCAACAGCCAAUACCAUCAUGAUUGCACUAGUCACCGGAGACGUAGGUUUGGAGACGACUGCUCUCCCGGAAAAGUAUAUACGACGCCACUUACCUGUUUCCAAUAUUGAUUUCGACAGUGCUAGGUAAUCGGCUGAUCUAGCUGGAGUCCUGUGAAGGGAUGCAGCCAAACUCAAAACAGUAUCAGAUAUCAG